UUCCAUUUUUCCUUCUGUCGAGUUUUGAAUUUGUUGCAUCAGAGGGAGUAGGCACUGUAUUUUAAGCGUGUUUCCGUAUGGUGUUGAGUACUUGCUAACCUUGAUUUUGGUGAUGCGAAGUCAAUUUCAAAUAAUCCGAAUUCCUGGUGAUGGAAGAUGUUUGUUUCGAUCGGUGGUUUAUGGUGCUUGUCUCAGAUCGGGCAAGCUGGCUCCAAGCGAGGUUCUUCAAAAGGAGCUUGCAGACGAGCUCAGAGAAAACGUUGCAAACGAGUUGAUGAAGAGGCGUUUGGACACUGAGCGGUUUAUCGAAGGUGACUUCGGACAGUAUGUUAGACACAUGCGCCAACCACAUGUAUGGGGUGGAGAACCUGAGUUACUCAUGUCGUCACAUGUCCUACAUUCCUCACGUAUUCUCCGCCCUAGAGUUUUCUGCUCACAAGUUAGACUUGUGUCGUUUGAAGUUGAGAAACUGAACCUAGAUGUGAUACGUUCCAAGUCGAGAUUACGUACGGACCUCAUAAACCCAAAUGGGGAAUGUUCCGUUUGGAGUUCGAGUCAUGGACCUUCAACAUUUUGAUACAUCCAUAAGUUGAAGAGUUUGACAUUGAUAUUAAAUAUGAAGAAACACGAAUAUGGAUAAGACAAACGCACACGGUGACACGUCAUUUUUUCUCUUAUAAAUAUAGGGCAUGGCAAGAACACGACAAGGACACAUUUAUUAAAAUAUAUAAAACUUUUAUUGUAAAAGAAAAUUAAACGUAAAUGAGUUGUGUUUAUGUGCUUAAACAACUUAGCUUGAUGUAUUUAACAUUCAAAAAGUUAUUAUUGUCGUAUAUGCGUGCGUCUCUUUAGCCUAUUUAACAAGUGUUCGAUGCAUGUCUAAUAAAUUUGUUGCACUAACAUGUGUAUGAUAUGUGUUCAA